UAUAAAGGCUGGAUACACACUCCAGUCCACUCAGACUCAACUGCAAAGACUGGACAUCACUUCUAUUUCUCUCUGCAUGUCAAACCUACAACACAAGUAUCAAAGCAUGAAACGCAGACAGUUGUUGCUGUCUCUGCCUCACUUGCCAACCAUUACCGAGACACUCGAGGACUUGCCUGUCAACCCUUCAUCCUCCCAGUCCACCCAGAGCUCCCAGUCUCUAGAGGACUACAUGACCUGCAUCCAGGCUCUUGCCCGACCUGCUGAGGCCCCAAGCUACGGCCCUGUAAGACUCCAGAGGACCCCCAGGCUGCGGCAGUUCUCAAAGGCUCAGAUGAAGCUCUCAGUUUCUGCCUCAGCACCUCGCGGGUCUCCGCGCACACUAAGGACUUCCAGACCUUCCAGUCUGAAUCUAAACAACGGCACAGAGGAUUUUUCCCUCAGGAUGAGCAGAGAACGUGACUGCAAGGGAAAAGACCCAGUAGACUGGCUGUUUGGACAGAUAAGGACUUAAAGAGAAGUUUGGUUGUUGUUGUGGGAAACCCUGGAGGUACUUUGGAGUAUCCAAACAAGGAGCCACAGGAGGAAGUGAACUGUUGGUAUUUGCUCGGUGAUAAAAUUUCUAUGUGACUCAUGAGCAAAACGAAGACUUAUUUAUUUUCCUGCACUUCUACAUGUUUACAUAAAGAAAUAUUUUGUUAAGAUGUAAAGGCUAUAGUUUGCAAUAAAAUACUAAAAUAAUCAA